ACGAAAAAAGUGGAAACCUACGAUGCAAUUGAGGGUCCUUAAUGUAUAGUUGGUGCGGCUGUGCAUGGUUGAGGGUACGUCGGCGCGGAUCACGUUUUUGCUGAAGCGUUUGCGUCGCCCUGUUGGCUCAAGGGCCGCAGCGACCUGCAGCAGCUGCGCAGCGCCUCGCCCGAUCUGCGCAGACGCGCAAUAAAAUCUGCACCGCUGCGGCUCGGCUCUGGUUGGACGGGCCGAGGGGGAGUGACUGUGCCCGGUGGAGAGACACCUACACUUGAAAACAGUGAACACCUGAAAAGCGGUGUUGCCAUUUUACAGCCCUGAGAGGUAGUGAUCGGGGUCGGGUCUCUUGCUGUGCCGCGAUCUUGCAUGGUUGUGCAGCCAGGAGGGGCAUCUGGAGGAUUUGUGUUAGGUCAGUUCUGUCCUGGUUGAAAUUCCAGCUGGUUCCGGUAACUGAUUUCCGAUGGUCUGAAUGGACUAUUAUUAUUAUGGGAUAUGAACUUGCGCCACGCCCUCAGCUGCUGUCCUGCUGUGUGUAGCUUGCCGAGAACAAUCUCCUGGAGACGUCAGUGCCUGUCUACUUCUCAAAUGACUUCGUUCAGGCACAAAAAUACCAAAAGAAUCCAAGGCCUCGAUAAAAACAUAUGGGUGACCUUUUCCGCUGUGGCUGCUGACCCCUCCAUCGUCAACCUGGGGCAGGGCUUCCCGGAUCUCCCCCCUCCCCCCUACGUCACGGAGGCGCUGGCCAGGGCGGUGUCCGUGGACAGGCUCAACCAGUACACCCGGGGCUUUGGGCACCCCUCUUUAGUGAAGGCGCUGUCGCAGGUGUACGGCGCGGUGUGCGGCCGCCAGGUGGACCCACUGAAGGAGGUCCUGGUGACGGUGGGGGCCUACGGGUCUCUGUUCGGCACCAUGCAGGCGCUGGUGGAGGAAGGAGACGAGGUGAUCAUCAUGGAGCCCUUCUUUGACUGUUACGUGCCCAUGGUCCGAAUGGCCGGAGCAAAGCCCAUCCUGAUACCGCUAAGGCUUAAAACGUCUGAGGGCUCUGCUAUCACCAGUGCAGACUGGGUGCUCGACCCAGAAGAGCUCGCGAGCAAAUUCAGCUCGAAGACCAAAGCCAUCAUCGUCAACACACCUCACAACCCCUUGGGAAAGGUCUUCAGCAAGCAGGAGCUGCAGAUGAUUGCCCACCUGUGUGUCCAGCACGAUGUGCUGUGCUUCAGCGACGAAGUGUACGAGUGGCUGGUGUACAAGGGGCAGGAGCACAUUAAGAUCGCUGCACUUCCUGGCAUGUGGGACAGAACCAUCACCAUCGGCAGUGCGGGGAAGACCUUCAGCGUGACUGGAUGGAAGCUUGGCUGGUCAAUUGGUCCAGAACAUCUAAUCAAACAUCUUCAGACAGUCAUGCAGAACACCCUGUAUACCUGCCCCACUCCCUUACAGGAGGCCGUGGCUCAGGGCCUGCUACUGGACUUCAAGCGCAUGGGUGACCCCGACUGCUACUUCUCCUCUCUCGCCCGCGAGCUGGAGGGCAAGAGGGAUCGGAUGGCCGGGAUCCUGGAAUCCGCUGGCAUGAGACCCGUCGUUCCCGAAGGCGGCUACUUCAUGCUCGCGGACGUGUCUGCGCUGGACGUGGACCUGUCUCACGCAGGAGACGACGAGCCGUACGACUACAAGUUUGUGAAGUGGAUGAUCAAGGAAAAGAAACUCGCAGCUAUUCCAAUGACUGCCUUCUGUGGAGAAGAGUCUAAGAAGCAGUUUGAAAAAUACAUCCGAUUCUGUUUCAUCAAGCGAGACGACACGUUAGAUGCAGCAGAGGAGAUUCUUAAGAACUGGAACAGAGCGGCGCCUGUCUGAUAGUGAAGACCUGGCCCUGGCCCUGGCCCGGCGCCGUGUUAGCUAUCUUGCAGGGAAUGUUACGUUUUGAAUUUGAUGAUGCGUUGAAUUUGAGCUAAUUGAAACAUUUCAGUAUUGCUGUUUUGCAUCACCAAGUUUAUUACCGUGAUGGUUUGAGUAUUUCUGUGUGAUGCAGUGGCCUUUUCCAUUAUACCAUUAAAGCAUUUUUUCCUGCAA